CAAUACAUGCACACACACGGACCGACCGACUUUGCCACUUGGUCGAAGUCAGGCCGUCGUCACCCGUCGUCACCCCCAAAGGUCGGCCAGUGUUCUUGCAUUACGAAAACAGUCACUACAGUCAAGUAUUAGCACGGAUCACGAAUCCCGAUUCACGGAUCAUCCGCUCUUCGGCCUAACCCAUCUAGCCACCUAGCCAGCUAGCCAGCUAGCUAGCUAGCUCGCCCACCCCUUGCAUUUGACCCCGAUAACUCGGGAACGUGAACCCCACUUGCCAUUUUUGCCUUAUCUUCGUUCGCCUCACCAUGAACCCGCAGCGGCUGUGGCCUGCGUCUCGAUGGUUAGGCUCAGCUUGGACCCGGGGCGCGGCUUGGCCCGCUGUCAUGGCUCGACGGGGCUAUGCCGCCCGCGGUGCGGGCUUAACAUCGCAUGGCAAUCCCAUCAUCACGACCCAUCCCUCCAUGACCCAGCCCUCGACGGACCCGCGAUGGGCCAACGUGGAAAUGGAGCGCUACGCUGAUGAGGCCGAUGUGGUCAUUGUGGGCGGAGGUCCGGCCGGCAUGUCGGCCGCCAUUCGCCUCAAGCAAUUGGCCCAAGCGGCCGGCCAGGACGAGUUCCGCGUGUGCGUUAUAGAAAAAUCCGCCACGGUGGGUGGCCAUAUCUUGUCGGGCGCAUGUCUGGAGCCGUCGUCGUUGAAUGAGCUCAUUCCGGAUUGGUCAGACAAGGGCGCUCCCCUCAAAACGCCCGUGACUGAGGACAAGUUUGCCAUCUUGUCGGAAACGGGUCGUAUCCCCGUGCCCAUUUUGAAGGGCUUCCCCAUGAACAAUCACGGUAACUACAUUGUCCGAAUGGGUCAUUUCGUUCAAUGGCUAGGGGAACAAGCCGAGGCGUUGGGCGUGGAGAUUUAUCCUGGGUUUGGUGCCUCUGAGGUCCUUUUCCACGAAGACGGCAGCGUCAAAGGCAUCGCCACGAAUGACGUGGGCGUUGGAAAGGACGGUGCGCCGAAGGACAGUUUUGAGCGGGGCAUGGAGUUUCACGCCAAGUGCACCGUUUUUGGCGAAGGUUGUCGUGGUCAAUUGACCAAACAGCUCAUGAACCACUUUGACUUGAAUGCCGACAAUGAGAAUCAAACCUACGGCAUUGGACUGAAAGAGUUGUGGCAAGUGACACCAGAGAAUCAUCAUCCGGGACGAAUUGAACACACUGUUGGAUGGCCCCUGCCGGUAAGAACCUUUCUUUGAUCGAGCCUUAAGAAU